AUGGCGAGCCUCCCAGCCAAACACCCCUCGCUGGCCAUCCACAUGACAGACAGGGCCACCACGCCCCUGAUCUCGUCAGCGUCAGCGUCAGCCUCAACACCAACCUCACACCCCACCUCCUCACAACAACAACAACACCACCACCACCACGACCCAAGCCAAAACCACAGAAAACGCACAACCAACCACCAAACAACCUUCUCAACAUCCCCCUCCCCAUCCUCAACAGAAGAAGACGACAACCCCGCCUCCUCCGACACCGACACCCCCACAGGAGAAGACCCCCCCUCCCCAGCAACAACCCAGUCCCGCGCCCUCACCUCCCUGACAGCAACAGCCCUCCUCUCCUACGACGCCGCCAAGCGCCUGGGCCGCGGCGCCCCCCUCCGCACCAUGGUCGAGCUCCCCGCCGCGGGGCCCGUCGUCCUGCACAGCUACAUGUGCCCCAUGGGCCUGGCGCUGGGCGCUGCCCCCGGGCGGCGCAGCGAGGAGAGCCUGGUCACCGCCGGGGGGGACGAUGCCGGCGGGGGCGGGGGUGGGGGUGGUGAUGGGGGGUUUGGUGAUGAUGACGACGACGACGCGGCCGGGGAGGAGGGCGUCGACCCCCGCGACCCGCCCAUGCUGACCGGCACCGUGGUCGCCCCGCGCGCAGAGGACCUGCGCGAGGCGCGGCGCGCGGCGGCGCGGCUCGAGAAGGUCGCGAGGGUGUUCCAGGCCGAGUGGGUUUCCACGGGGCGGCGGUGA